AUGGCAAAUCGUGUUCAGGACAAAGAAGUUCUCCAGUCGAAUACAAUCGUUGUGGAUGAUUAUGCAGAGGCAAGAGCUCAUGAGAUCCAUCAUUUCUCAGAUCAUAUCGGUCGGAAGGCACGCAAAUUAACUCAUCAGAUGCUGCCAAGGAGCAUGAAGAGGAGAGCGAUGUCUCAUAAUUAUUACAGGGUUCCAAUCAGGAUCCGGUACAAGACUUUUAAAGAAGGUGAGACUAAUACCAAGCUUAAACAAGCUGCUGAUUUGAGACGGCCUGGGAAAAAUGAUGACCUGAAAAAGAAGCCAUGGCAUCAGAAGCCCAAGAGAGCUAAGACCAGAAAGCACAAACGUAGAACUAAGGAUAUGCUCCAGCAAUAUUACAAGAGAAUAACAGGUGGAUAUCAGUGGAUGGAGACCCAUAUUUGGCAUGCCAAAAGAUUUCAUAUGGAUAAUAAAUGGGGUUAUAAAGUACCUGCUAGGUGUAACGACAAGUGCAUGAGAGGUUCUUAUAGACACACACAGUUAUCUUCAACCCUGAUAGACUUGAGCUAUUACAUCACCCUUAAAGUCACAGCUGAGGGACCACAAGAAAUGAUUGAAUUCUUGCACUCGAUUAAAUUUCUUGAUUCAUCCACUAAUACUUUAGAUGGGCUUAAUGUAAAUUAUUUGUAUGAGACAGAGUUCCAUGCAACUACUGAACAAGGAGAGUCUAAGGUAGUAGCUCCAUGUACGAUAUUAUUCAAAGAGAGCACAGAGGUCAUCUUAAAUUUCCACCCAGCAGCUUUUACUGAGAUAGCAGAGUCCAUUGGCAAAUUUGAUAGCUUAAAAUGAUGAAAAAUCUUCCUGAACCAAUUUAAACUGAUGGGGCACGAAGCAGUUAAAGUUUUAUACAGUGUUAUCAGACCAUUAUUAGCAAACGAGGAGCAAAUAAAGUUCUUUGAUGAAGUCUUGCUUCCAAAUUGGACUUCAUUCAGUAACUUUCAGAACAAUGAGACUUUAUAUGUCCCUAUCAACAAUCCAAACUCAGAUUUUAGGAUGAAUGAUAGAAUUUUCAAGUACGAAGAGUCAGCUUUUAAGGAACAAAAUUUGAAACAAUUAGCUGAGGAAGGGUUAUACUUCAACUCAGAGUCUGCCAAGAAAUCCAAGCAAAAGCUUGCAAAUGAAAAGCAGAAGCUAAAUCUGUCAACUUAUGUUGACUCUUUAAGGAUCGACACUGAGGGAGUGAACUCAGGAGAUCCCUUCAGCAUCCUUGAGGAGAACCCUGAUUUAUACCUUACUCUUGGUCAGAAGGAGGUUACUGGAGUCCCUCAGACUCCUUCUUGCCGGGACAACUAUUUCAGCAAUCUCCAUGACCACUGAGUCGAUCUUGAUGAGGUAAACCAGAAGAUCACUGUAGAAACAACCCGAACAAAUUACACUCACAGGAAGAAUUUGAAGACUAAUUUUGAGCUUGAGAGCAAAAUUAAAAGCAAAAAGAGAGAAAUCAAACUUGAAAAAGUCAAGGAACAGCAGAAAGAAGAGAAUAAAGAAGAAACUAAAGAUGCUCCUAUGGAGGAGCAAGAACAAUCUGGCAAGCCAGAGAGACAGGUGAAUAAGAAAAAUCAGAAAAGGAAAGAGCAUCAGAGAGACCAGAUUGUCCUGAAUUUGGUAUUCAAUAGAUCUAAAUUCAACCAAUUUGGACACGGAUUUACUGUUUUUAUCGAGUCAGGUUACUCUUUGGGUCUCUUGAGAAGGUUUUCAUAUGCCAGAGCCAAGGUCAUUGGACUUAAAGAGUACAAAUUGAUCAUGCAAGAAAAGCAAGAGCUUGUAUACCCAGAUGAUUACCCAAAUACUCAAGCUUAUAAAGCUAUCCAAAAGGAGCAAAUAAAGGAAGCCUUGCUAAAAUAUUGAUUAAAGCCUCCUAAAAAGCGAUUGAAUUUUGCCAAGAUUAAUUCUCCCUUUGCAUUCAGUCCUGAUUGGAGCUUUCUCUCUUGCCUAGCCCAGAUCCAAGUGUCGAUGCCUAAUAGAACACCUGAUGAAGGUUAUUACAUCUGUCUUCCUCAGGAUGGAGAUUUGUCCAAAGAGUUUGUCGAAGAAGAGACUAAUCUAAAAGUGUAUGAAUCAUUAAAAAUCUCCCCGAAGGACUAUAACUCAGACUAUGAGAUUUUGUAUAAAGAACCUGUUUAUCCAAAUACUUGUAAGAAAAAUAAACUUGAGGAGGACAUCAAGAUGGAAGACCAAGAUUCAAGCUCCCUUAAGGUGAUCGAUCCUGCGAACUACAGUGUCAAGACUGGACUAACAAUAUGAAGAGAGCUCAUAGGAUUCAUCACUUCUGGAGGAUAUUCAAUGCUUCAAGGACAUGGUGUUGGCAAAGGCUCAAUUGAUUCUAAACAUCUCGCCAUUUUGGAGAAAAUAGGCUAUGUCUUGAUCAGGAGUCCAUCCAGCACUAAAUAUUUCAAGGCUAAGAUAGUCAGAAUUUACUAAAGAUUCCUUCAACAG